CUCCAUAUCAAUAAUAUGCACAUGGUAGCCAUAUGCUUUGCACACUCAAUCACAUAUGGUGGUCGGAGAUGUCAACCAAUAUGGCCAAAAAUAAGAUAAAAUAAAAUACAUCAUACAUUAACCAUAUCUUUACAAAUCAGGUACACCCACAUGGGAUGUCAUACAGUGAUCAAUCUAUUCCUCCCUAGCUCUAUAACUUACGUAUCCAGACCAACAUAUAUGUAUUUAUAUACGGACUGGGAGUCUUCCAGGUAAAACCAAACAAGCUCAAAGCCAAUGGGAUGCGUUCGAUGUCAAACCCAUAACCCUCUAUCUAUCGGUAUAAAUACCGGCCUUGACCUACACUUUCAUCUACACCAAAGCUGAGCUUAACACCCGUGCAUAUAUAUAGUUACAUAUAUAUACAUAGACUGAUAUACGCAUAUACGCCUAUAUGAGUCAAAUUUUCGACCCUUCAUUAUAACCCCAAACCGAAGCCAAAAAUCACAUUAAAUCAUUUCCCUUCGUGAGAGGAAGCCAACGGAAGAAGAAUCAAUAAAAACGGUCGUGAAACGUGGAAGAACGAGCUCACCGGGGUGGCCGCCGGACUGGUUUGCCGUCGAAGAACGGAGCAACUUCUGCUGCCAACACCAGCCGACUGCCGUCCUUCUCCUUCCAUAGACACACCGCCCUUCCCAUCAUCACCGUAGCACUUUAUUUGUGCAGGUGAUGAUGCUUAUGUGGACUGAUGAUUGUAUGACCACGAGAGCGGUUUAGAGAUGCCUUAGUCAAACCUAGUCAUAAAUAAACAAUCCAAUUAUGUUGAACACUUGUUUUACUUUGUUUGGUGAUUGCCUGUGCAUUCGGUUAAGAGAUGACCGGAUGUGGCGGUAACACCCAUUUCCCAAUUAAUGUUAUUUCCGCUGCAAAACUUUUUAUCUGUUUGAAAGAAUAAAUCAAGUUAUUAUAAAUAAAUCUAUUAUUUCAAGUAUUACUUUGGGAGGGAAAAUGGGGGUGUUACAUGGGGUUUUUAGUCAAGAAUAUUGACUAUUACUAUUUUUCCCAAAUAAAAUGGUGAUCUACGGAUCGGAUAUUUUCCAAGUAUAUAUAUACUAAUAAGUAUUUCAUAACUUGGGGAAAAGACUAUUUAUUUAAGUAUCACCCUAUGUUUGGGUCUUAUACUUGAAACGCUAGUUAUUCUAUAUUUAGCCUGCUACUCGCUCGGUACUUGUACUGACCCCUUCGGGGCCCCCCACCAUUUUCAGGUUGAAGCUAUGGCUUGCUACUUGCACCUUCUCACGGGUGAUAUCAAAUCAGGAAGACGUGGUUCAUGCUUCCUUAUUUUCUUUCAAACUACCGAACACUUGCUCAUGGAUAUUUGUUUUUACUAUAAACUAUUUUUGGGGCUUGUAUGCCCAUGUUGUUGGCCGGUUGUGGCCCAUGACUUACCGUUGAAUAUUUCCGCUAUUCAUUGGUUUAAAUGUGAUGUUGUUAUGUAUGUUUACUACUGAGUAUGGAUGGAUUGUUUUCUCGAACGCCUUGUGUAAUUAAGUGAGGUUGACUCGUGGGUGACGUCACUUAGUUAUACGGCGGUUGUACACGCGCUUGGAUUGCGGUAUGGGGCGUGACAAUUAAGUGGUAUCAGAGCUAUCUCAGUUCUAAACUAUAUAAUCAACCUCUCACAAAAGAUUUUACAAAAGAAUUUUUACCGAAAACCAUGAGCAUUGUAUUUUGACGUUUAUAGGACUAUUGGUGCUUAAAGUUGCAAGGCCUCUAAUUGUUAAGACGGUACCCUUAACAAUUGGUAUGGUGGUGACUUGGGCCAAUACGUGUCUGUAACGUUCUUCCGUCAAUUGACAUUUAUAGGAGUCUAAUGACUCAUCCAUAUUUCUUUCAGAAAUGGAGGGCAGGCGAAUGGCAACCAGGAACAAUCCGAGGGGGCAGGCGCCGGUAGCAUCCCAAAGGGGAAGCCGGGCUGCAUCUCGGGGUUCAAGAGGAGGCCGUGGAGGCCGUGGAAGUCGUGGAGGUCAUAGGGCUCAAACUGUGAGCGACGGCCAUGUUAGUUCGGUGUAUGAAACUAACACCGAAGACUACGACUCUACAUAUGUUCCUGAAACGGGGCAUGAGGAGACCCCAUAUGAUGGGGGUGACACAUACACCGAUGAUGAUGAUGAAGAGAGUGAUGCCAAGUUCGCCCAAAUGGGCGAAUUACUUGAGUGGUAUCAAAAAGAGAAAUUGAG